CAAUCGCGGUAUGGGUUGACACCGACCGAAAGCAAGCUUGCCAACGCGUGGCCAUCUGUUAUUCAUAUUGCAGCAUGCUAUCAAGUUUAGAGAUGGCACACUUUUCACUUUCUAUUGUGUGUGAUAUAGCUAGCUAUGUAGUUCCUAUAGCUAGUUAGUGCUUGGUAGUGUAACGUUACUGCUGUUGUUUUUUGUCUGUAGUGAUUGUUUUAGCUAACUUAAGCUUGUUAGCUAACGUUAGGGGAAAUGGCAGAGUUACUGCAAAGAUGUAACGUUUUGAAAUUUGGUUGGCGACUCCUGAAGUCAAGUCACGCAGGAGCAGGCAAACAACUGUAUAUCUCAUCACAGAGUUCCAGAAAUGGCCACAACUUCUUCGGGCUUCUCUUCGACAUCGAUGGGGUGCUAGUGCGGGGCCGCACACCCAUCCCUGCAGCCAAACAGAUCUUUAGGAGCUUGGUGGACAGGAAGGGGAAGUACAAAGUGCCUGUGGUGUUUGUGACCAACGCAGGGAACUCUAUGAGGCAGACCAAAGCUGAACAACUGUCGCACCUGCUGGAAGUGGAGGUGUCUCCAGACCAGGUGAUGCUGUCCCACAGUCCUUUGCGUAUGUUCAGUCAGUAUCACAACAUGUGUGUGCUGGUGUCAGGCCAGGGCCCAGUGCUGGAGGUGGCUCACAAUCUGGGAUUUCAGAAUGUUGUGACCAUAGACAUGCUGAGGGAUGCCUAUCCGCUUCAGGACAUGGUGGAUCACAACAGAAGACCCAAAGACAUGGUUCCACCAAGUAAAGAUUUACCCCCGAUAGAAGCCAUCAUUCUGUUUGGUGAGCCAGUCAGAUGGGAGACCAACCUCCAGCUAAUAAUGGACGUGCUCUUAACCAAUGGGAAGCCUGGGAAUGCCCUGACAACACUGCAGUACCCUCACAUUCCAGUGCUGGCCUGUAACAUGGACCUGAUGUGGGUGGCUGAGGCCAAGAACCCCAGGUUUGGUCACGGUAUGUUUCUGGUGUGUCUGGAGAGUCUGUAUAAGAAGGUGACUGGCUGUGAGCUGAAGUAUGACGCUCUGAUUGGAAAGCCCAGUGUGGUGACCUAUAACUAUGCUGAGCUGCUCAUCAGACAGCAGGCUGAGAGUCUGGGCUGGACUGAACCUGUGGAGAGACUCUACGCCAUUGGUGACAACCCCAUGGCAGACAUCUACGGUGCCAACCUCUACAACCGCUACCUACAGUCCUGCCACCGCACCCGAGCCCUGAUGCAGCUCGGAGGGGGGGAGCCUCAGAGCCAACCCCUGGAGGACCCCCACGAAAUGACCUGUGCUGAGAUGGGAGGAGUUACAGGGGCGUACGGGGGCGAGGAGCCCCUCCCUGUGGGGUGCAGCUCCAUCCUGGUGUGUACGGGGGUGUACAGCCAGGACCAGCAGGAACUGCCCCCUGACCCCAGGCAUUCUGUUACAGAGCAUCGGAUCUUCCACGGUCACAGGGACUUCCGCUUUGACCCCAACCUGACCCAGCCAUCCUUCAUGGUGCAGGAUGUGAAGGAGGCUGUGGAGCUGGUGUUCCAGCAGGAGGGAUGGCCUCUGGAGUAGGGGCCCGAGUCUCAAUACUGCUCUGUCCCCUGGUCACAGCACUGCUCUGUCCCCUGGUCACAGCACUGCUCUGUCCCCUGGUCACAGCACUGCUCUGUCCCCUGGUCACAGCACUGCUCUGUCCCCUGGUCACAGCACUGCUCUGUCCCCUGGUCACAGCACUGCUCUGUCCCCUGGUCACAGCACUGCUCUGUCCCCUGGUCACAGCACUGCUCUGUCCCCUGGUCACAGCACUGCUCUGUCCCCUGGUCACAGCACUGCUCUGUCCCCUGGUCACAGCACUGCUCUGUCCCCUGGUCACAGCACUGCUCUGUCCCCUGGUCACAGCACUGCUCUGUCCCCUGGUCACAGCACUGCUCUGUCCCCUGGUCACAGCACUGCUCUGUCCCCUGGUCACAGCACUGCUCUGUCCCCUGGUCACAGCACUGCUCUGUCCCCUGGUCACAGCACUGCUCUGUCCCCUGGUCACAGCACUGCUCUGUCCCCUGGUCACAGCACUGCUCUGUCCCCUGGUCACAGCACUGCUUGCCAAGUCGAUUAACAGCAGCUCAAUGUCUGGGUCUCUGAGGCUGUGUUUACACAGGCAGCCCAAUUCUGAUUUAUUUUCUUAUCUUUUUCAGAGCUGAUCCGAUUGGUCAAAAGACAAAUGAGUGUCAAGAAAAUCUAAAUUGUGCUGCCUGUGUAAACACAGCCUCUCUUUGGUUAGGACAGGGUCUAAUAGUUGACAUAGACCCCUCUGUGACCAAGAAACCUCUAAACGUCCUCCUCAACCGCCUCACUCGGCCAUGCUAGUACAGUCACUCAUACAGCCAAUUACAUCACACGUCUAGAAUGUCCGUGCACAUUUACCAUACUGUACUGCCGUUGAGAUUUCCCUAACUUUUACAUUUCUGUUACGUGUCCUGUUCUACGGAGUGUAGCAUGCUGACUAGACCUGCCAAGUUCCAUGCACGAGCAUUGCGAAAUGAAUGUAUGCAUGUUAUUCAAUCAUUUCAUCCAAACUGCACGCGGGUGUCUGCGUAGUCAGGUGCUAAACAUAGAACUUUCAACUCACUGAAUGUGACUUUCAACUCACUGAAUGUGAGGUUAACUAGGUUUCCGCUCUUGUGUUUUAAUUGUCGACUUGUAUUUCAAAUGUGUCAAUUCUACAAUGAUCCACAAAAAAAAUACCUUAUUUAUUUUUGCGUAAACUAACCCAAUAUUUAUUUCCCAGAACAAAUUGGCAAAUUUUUAUUUUUUUUACCUUUAUUUUACUAGGCAGUUAAGAACAAAUUCUUAUUUUCAAUGACGGCCUAGGAACAGUGGGUUAACUGCCUGUUCAAGGGCAGAACGACAGAUUUUGUACCUUGUCAGCUCGGGGAUUUGAACUUGCAACCUUUCGGUUACAAGUCCAAUGCUCUAACCACUAGGCAACACUGCCAUUCCCCAAAUGAAUAUAAUUGAUUUUGGUAUUUUAAUCUGCGUGUCAUGAACGCGUCUGGUGGGGAGAAACAAAAUCAACAUGUGUACGAUGAUGUAAUGCUGUCUGUUGUGGCUAUCAUGACUGUUUUUGGCUUGAUGAAUAAUAUUCUUAGUGGACUGAAUACAUAAAAUACACUGAUAGGCCAUUUUACUUUACUGUGAUGGGUUAGCUUUUACAAUAUAUUUAUCUGUCUGCCAUGUCUAUCCAGACUUGUUACAGGAACAACUUCAUGCAAGUGACCAGUUUAUGUCCAGGAAUGUCCUUUGAUGGACUUCUUUGAUGCAAGGCUAGUUGUUCCAUUUACCAUGAACUAAACAGGUGCUACAUAUCUGGCUGUGUUCAAGUAAGGUUUGGAGCGUCUUUCAAUAGCCAUUAGCUUGUGAAGGCAGGCCGUUGUGGGGAUGUAAAGCAUUUUGUGGUAUUUAAAAAUAUAUAUUUUUAUGUGAUUGUUAUGGAGUAUUUUAUGCAGGGAUGUCAAAUUUUUUAGGUAUGUUCAAUUGGCCAAAGGUUCUGAGGGAAAGAUGUGACUGUGGAAUUGUCAUAAAUGCAACACUGUAUUUGACAAAUUGAAGGGCAAUAAAAUGUUCACUGAAACCAG